GAGACUGUACUCCCAUGCUCGUGUAGAUAUCCAAAGCUGGAAAGUUUCUCUCAUCUUGAGGCUAGGCUGAACAAGGAAAUUCUGGUAUUAGCAUGAGUGUUGGAAUGGAGCAGGUGGCAGAAGCCCUCAAGAGGGCGCAAGAGAUUGCUGCGAAGAUGGCACCUCCCGGUGGAGCGCCCAAUGGUGGAGAUGACAACGGCUCAAGAAAGAGGCCAUUGGAUGAAGGAGAUGAUGGUCCUCAAAUGAAGAAGCAAAGCAUGGACAACUUACCUGGCGCCAACCCUCAAGCCAUUGCUCAGGCAGCCAUUGCUAAACUGGCCCCCGUGGUUGGAGCACAGUUGGGAAUGAGCCAGAUGAUCACCGUGGACAUCAAGAUACCUAACAGAAUGGUGGGGCUAGUGAUUGGUCGUGGUGGUGACAUGAUCAACAAGCUGCAGGCAGAUUCAGCAGCCAGAAUUCAAGUGGCCCCAGACGGCAGUGAGAUCAGUGGUGAGAGAGGAGUCACCAUCUGUGGGACCCCAGAGACUGUCGAGCGUGCCAAAGCCCUUGUAAACAGGGUUAUUGAGGAAGCAGGAGGAGCAACCAGUGUGCAAGCGAAUGUAGAGCCGGGACAAGAAGUAAGAGAGAUGAUGAUACCAGCAAGCAAAGUCGGGCUGAUCAUAGGAAAAGGAGGAGAGAUGAUCAAGAUGUUACAGGAGCGAGCAGGCUGUAAGAUGCAGAUGAUUCAAGAUGGGCCGUAUGCCCAUACCCCAGAAAAGCCGCUCAGAAUGACUGGUCGAGCUGACUUCUGCGAGAAAGCGAAGCUGUUGGUAGCUGAAUUGAUGGAUCAAAAGGAGAUGGAGGCUCGAGGCAUGACAACUUCUGGUGGUCGUGUUGUUGAGGUACAAGUUCCUAAAAGUCUUGUAGGCUUUGUGAUUGGCCGUAAUGGAGAGCACAUCAAUAACAUUCAAAACACUUGCGGAGUCCGUCUUCAAUUCCAGAGUGAUAAUCCUGGUAUGGAGUACCGGAUAGCCACGAUCACUGGGCCACAUAUGGGAGACAACUGUGAGAGGGCGCGGAAGAUGAUCGACGAGAUCGUGGGAGAGGUUAGGACCAAAGAUCUCAAUCGCCAUGGAGGAGGAGGUGGUAUGGGUGGCGGUGGUGGUAUGGGGGGUGGCGGAGGCGGCGGCGGUGGUGGUGGUGUUGGUGGUGCUGCUAUUAUGGCUGGGGGGUACAGACCACACGUGGAGUUACCCAAUCCCACUGGGCCUGGAGUGCAGUCCAUACAAUUCCCUGUACCUAGCACCAAGUGUGGACUCAUUAUCGGGAAAGGGGGUGACACUAUCCGCCAGCUUCAAGUUCAGUCUGGAUGUCAUAUCGAGCUGUUCCGAGGAGCUCAUCCUAGCCCAAACGAGAAGCUAUUCAACAUUAGAGGUAGUCCCCAGAACAUCCAACAUGCCCAAGCUCUCAUAAGGCAGAAAUGUGAAAUGCCCCCUGGUGAAGGUGGUGGAUUUGCAGGACAAAUGGCGGGCGUGCCGUUUCAAGGAGGCGUGUUCCAACAGGGUGGAGCUAGUCCCUAUGGUGGUGGUCAGCAGGGCUGGACGCAGUACCCAUUCCCUCAGAGCUUUGGAGCUGGUGGACCACAGCAACAAAGUGGAGAUCCCUCUCACCAAGCUGCCUGGGCUGCCUACUACCAGCAGUUGUAUACAGCACAGGCUGCUCAAGCUGGACAGCCAUCAGCUGGCCCUGGAGGUCAACAACCCCCAGCACCUGGGGGUGCGCAGAAUGCUGAUGUGCAGGCGCAGUGGGCAGAGUAUUACCGUCAGCUGGGUCAGGCCUAUUACGGGGGACAAGGGGGCCAGCCGGGGGAGCAACCACCUCCUGAACAGAAGUUGGACAGCUGAGGAACAGUGCUGAGUCUAACCUCUGUGCAACCACACCAGAAAGGAUGAGUUGCUUAUAGGCACGUACCACUGACCUGCCGAGACUGAAAGCGUCAGAAGACACUUUGGAACAUUAUUUAAUAGUGCCACAUGAAAACGCUUGUCGAUCGUGAAUGAUGUGAUCAUGCAAUAAAUGACAUGACGUUAUCGUUAUUGUUUAUUUGA